UAAAAGUCACAAUCAUCCUCUGCUUAAGAUGUGGACAGCUGCUGCAUUAAAAUAGCUUUCCGUCUCCGAAUGACGAACCGGUCCAGCUCCAUCCCUUGAAUUACACUCCACCAAUGAGCUUCAGCACUAUUAACCGAGUCUCAAUCCUCCGGAGCUGCCUACCUAGACAGCAUUUCGUCCAUCGAAAGCGCGCUCCGAGCCGGCCGCCCAGAAAUGCCGAAGGCAAGCUGCGAGUGAGACACGGCCAUCUUCGCUCCGAAGAGCUGCACCGAACAGCAGGCAUGAUGGAGGCCGACCCCGCGGUGAGACCCGGCCCGCCCGACUACAAGAAGCUGGCGCGGCUGUACUGCAUGAACGGAGGCUUCCACCUGCGGCUCGCGGCGGACGGAAGCGUGGCGGGAGCGCGGGAGGAAGACGAAUACAGCAUACUGCGCAUAAAAGCAACUAGUCCAGGAGUGGUGGUCAUUGAAGGAGCAGAGACAGGACUUUACCUCGCUAUGAAUGAAGACGGCAAGCUGUACGCUUCAUCGCUAGCAACAGAUGAGAGUCACUUCCUGGAGAGGAUGGAGGAAAACCACUACAACACGUAUCAGUCUCAAAAGCACGGCGAAAACUGGUACGUCGGGAUAAAAAAGAACGGGAAAAUGAAGCGCGGCCCAAGAACACACAUUGGACAAAAGGCGAUUUUCUUUCUCCCUCGACAGGUGGAGCAGACAAAGCACUGAGACGCGACACCUGAUCAUAUUUCAUCACGCUCGAUUGCUGCGAGCACUUUACAAUAAGGUCCAUUUGUUAACAUUAGUUAAAUACUGUACUGCUCAUCCCUGGUGAAAAACAAGAGUACUUCCAUAAUGUACUUAAUUUUGGCACAUUCAUUUUGUGCUAAAAAUUAUUCUUUAGUACUUCUUAAAAUAAACCUAAGCUCUUUUUAUUAAAAAAUAUAUUUAUUUAGCACUUGUAGUGCACUUGAGUGAACUAACGUUUGAAAGAUGUCUUCAAGUGGUAACUAAAUAUAUUUUUCAAUACAGAGAUUAAGUGCAUUUUAGUUUGUGUUCAUGGUGUCUCGAAACAGCACAGUUGAGCACGCUCAUAACGUUAUCUUAAGAAGUAAAAAUGAUUUAAUAAACAUUUUUAGUAUAUUAAGUACAAAAUUGGUGUGCGAAAAUAGAGCACUUUAGGUGCAUCAUGGAAAUGUAAAUUGCUAAUGCAUCAGAUAAUUUUAAUUAUAAGGACAUUAUUGUAAAGUGUUAGUGAAUCAGCACAUAACCUACUCAGCUAACUACACAUAAACCACCGCUAACUAACUGUCAGACAAUAAAUAUACAACAUAUGCAGACUAACAGAAGUUUACUAACCCUUAGAUGGAAACCAAAAUGUACCGUUUGAAUAUGCACUAAGAAAUAUAGUACGUAGAAUAAAGCUACUUUAAUAGUAAUCUAUUUUUAUUUUUAAAUUGCUGGUCAACAAUCUCAAAUCUCAUUUCAUGUUGUAUUUUCUUAGUUUAUGUAAUCAUGUGUGUGACUGUGUUUUAUUUUUCUGUUCAUAAGCAGCUCAGAAAUAUCAGCGUUGUUGUGCUAUCACUGUAUCUUUCUGGAUCAUGUUACACAAUAAAGCUCCUCACGGACACUCUC